AUGUCAUCCGCCGAGAUAAAUAGCAGUAGCACUACCAUUGCACCCCUCAAAAUUGGUAGUCGUGAUAAAUCUGUAGGAUGGUAUACGCCUACUCUUGAAAAUAUCACCGAGGCGCAGAGGGACUUGUUGGAAAGCUACAGUCAUAUUGCACCCAAUCGCGUGAUCCCUCACAUCUUGGAAGUGCGCGAUCGAGCCUGGGAAAUCCAUCCCUAUCCAUGUAUUGGACAACUUCGCUUUAUCGACCUCGCUAUUUCACGCUCACCCUCGUAUCCCAUCGUCCUCCAGCGUCUUAAAGAAGGAGCAUCUUUACUCGACCUAGGAUGUUGCUUUGCGCAAGAUCUUCGCAAGCUGGUACAUGAUGGAGCACCUUCAGAGAAUUUGUGGGGAGCAGAGCUGAAAGGCGAUUUCUUGGAAUUGGGAUACGACCUGUUUCGAGAUCGAGAAACGUUGCAUGCUCAUUUCAUGGAGGCAGAUAUUUUCGAUACGGAAGGACCGUUGAAACAAUUAGAAGGGAAGAUGGAUUUUGUAGAGAUUGGACUUUUCUUGCAUCUCUUCGACUUGGCCGGACAAACCAAGGCCUGUGAACGAAUUGUGACUUUAAUGAAGCCCCAAAAAGGAGUCUUGAUUUUGGGACAGCAGAUCGGGAGUUUGGAAGCCGGUUCAAUUGAGUUGAGCAGCGGAAGCAAAAUGUAUAAACACAAUGUAGAAACUUUCGAGAAGAUGUGGAAGGAAGUGGGGGAGAAAUCAGGGACUGAGUGGAAAGUCAGCGCGAGUAUGGAUACUGGUCUGGGAAUCAAUCAGGAGCAGCGGACUUGGGAUGACCCAAAAUCGAGGCGGCUCGUCUUUGAAGUGGAAAGAACUAGUUGA